AUGGUGAACUCCCUGCUGUUCGGGGAGAUGGCUUUGGCCUUCGGCUGCCCGCCGGGCGGCGGCGGCGGCGGGAGCUGCCCCGGCGGGGGAGGCGGCGGGGCCGGGCCAGGGCCAUCGCCCGUGACGGCGGCGCUGCGGGACGACCUGGGCUCCAACAUCCACCUCUUGAAGGGGCUCAACGUGCGCUUCCGCUGCUUCCUGGCCAAGGUACACGAGCUGGAGCGGCGCAACCGGCUGCUGGAAAAGCAGCUGGAGCAGCAGCAGAGCGAGCGCGAGCGGCGGCUGCGCUACAAGACAUUCACCCGCGAGCAGGCCGUGCAGACCGGGCCCGAUCUGCUACGGCCACCCGCGCCCGGCAGCGGGCAUGGCAGCGGCAGCGGCAGCGGCGCGGCGGCCGGCAUCAACGCCAACACGGUGGCCCUGGGCGGCCUGCCCCCCGGCGGUGGCUCUCACCCGCAGCUCUAUGGCCGCCUGCCUGGGACCAUCUGGAGCUACACGCAGGUGCGGCGCACGGGCGGCGGCGGCGUGGAGACCGUGCAGGGCCCCGGCGUGUCGUGGGUGCACCCCGACGGCGUGGGCGUGCAGAUCGACACCAUCACGCCCGAGAUCCGCGCGCUCUACAACGUGCUGGCCAAGGUGAAACGCGAGCGUGACGAGUACAAGCGGAGAUGGGAGGAGGAGCUCGCCAAGAGCAUGAACCUGCAGACCAUGGUGGACACGCUGAAGGAGGCAGCGCAGGAGGCCGAAGCCAUCCAGGAGGAGAUGAAUGAGACGAUCGAGAGGCUGAAGGCCGAGCUGGUGGUGUUUAAGGGGCUCAUGAGUGACCCCAUGACAGACCUGGACACAAAGAUCCAAGAAAAGGCCAUGAAGGUGGACAUGGACAUCUGCCGCCGAAUCGAUAUCACGGCCAAGCUGUGCGAUGUCGCACAGCAGCGGAACUCGGAAGACGUGUCCAAGAUCUUCCAGGUGGUCCCCAAAAAGAAAGAGCGCAAGGUGACUUCGGACGAGGAUAUCUCUGAGCAGGACGGGGAGGUGAACCGGUUCUCAGAUGAAGAGGUCGGCUCUAUGAACAUCACAGACGAGAUGAAGCGCAUGUUUAACCAGCUGCGGGAGACUUUUGACUUUGACGACGACUGUGACAGCCUGACGUGGGAAGAGAACGAAGACACACUGCUGCUCUGGGAGGACUUCACCAACUGCAACCCCUCCAUCGAGCUGCAGGGCGAGCAAGAGGAGAACUUGGGCAACUUGAUCCACGAGACAGAAUCCUUCUUCAAGACGAGAGACAAGGAGUACCAGGAAACGAUAGGCCAGAUCGAGCUGGAGCUGGCCACAGCCAAGAGCGACAUGAACCGGCACCUGCACGAGUACAUGGAGAUGUGCAGCAUGAAGCGCGGCCUGGACGUGCAGAUGGAGACCUGCCGCCGGCUCAUCAAGGGCUCCGCAGACAGGAACUCACCGUCCCCCAGCUCCGUGGCCAGCAGCGACUCAGGAAGCACAGACGAGAUCCAGGACGAGUUCGAGCGGGAGGCGGAUGUGGAGCCCAUGGUCAGCUGAUGACGGAGGCCCCCGCGCCUGGUGGAUUUGGUGACGGGGCCUCUGCCCCUCUCCCCACGAGGCCAGGACGGCUCACAGUGGGCUCCCGUCCUCAACACAGACUUCCUCUGCCCCCCUUCUCUGGAGGCCCCAAGGGACUGCUGCUUCCUUCCUCCCUUCCACCUACCAUCAACCAGUGCCCCCUCUCCACCCACCCACCCAAGGAAUGGUGCUCUCAAUUUCUAUUCUCCAUGUUACAAAUGCAGACUUCUGUCCAGAUGAUGCAGUGUUAACCGUGCCUUUUCCCUUAAGCUGAGCCACUUUGAGCUCCAAAGAAUUCUUCCUAGCAGGUGUUUUUAUACAAAACUCUAAGGUGAGGGCGGGGCCCCGUGUGGUAUAUUGUGGUUUUCUACCCUCCCACCUGCUCCUCUGAUUGGCCAUGACCUAUGCCCUCCCCUCCUCUGCUGGCCAGUGCUGAUGGAGUUGGGCUUGGGGUGGUCUCCCUCCACCCAGGACGGAGCCGUUUGCCUCUGCAAACUUUCCACACCUGGGUGGGGACCGCCUAAGGAUUUUCACUUACCAAAAGGGGAAACGAUGGAAGGAGGGAGGGAAGACAAAUUUUUAUUUUAUUUUUGGAUCGAGUGGCACAGCGGAGGCACAAGGCACUGGGGGAAGGUGGAGCCUCACUGUGUUUAAACCACUAUGCAAAAAACAAAACAAACAAAGCAGCUUGCCUUAUGUAUUGUGGGAGGCAGGUCUGCUCCCAGACUCAAGGUGUUGCCCUGGAGCUGGGGGAGGCCCAAGCCGGGCGACGUCUCUUGCAACCGCGGAGGGGGUUUGGCCAAGAUGAGGAAAGAGGCCUGGGUCCUGCAAGGCCCUUGGCCACCGGACAGUUUGCUUUCUUGGGACCUUUGUGGGUUUGGUUGGGGCGGGGGGUCUUCUAUUGCCCUGAUGACUUGAUGUUUUCCCCUCUAUUUCCAGCCAGCUACAAGGGGUUAUAGAUCUGUAAUUUCUCUGUGAGAAAGUGAAGGGAGCCGGGCCUGGUACCACCCCUUCUGCAGCGGAGCCAGGUGAGGCCCGCCUGCUGCCCUCUUGGUUCCCCACUGUGCCCCAGUCGGCCACGCUGGGUCACUGGCAGGCCCUGGACAGGGAGCAGGAGGGAGGGCCGCUGGCAGGUUGAAGGUGGCGGGAGUGGGCACUCCAGGGAGGAUCGUCCGUGUCCGACAUAUGCAAGCUUCUUCCCAAACUUCACUGACUGACCAGUUGGGGAGUGAUUGAGCCAGUAUCUCCCCAAGACUUGAGUGGACCAGGGUUGAAGAGCGCUGUGUUGAGACCACCCGCCAAACCUCAGCUUGGAGCCAGCUGACCAGGCUUUGCUUUUUUAAAAAAAAAAUUUCUUUUGUACUCACUCCUGUGGGUCUGAGUUGCCGGUUUUGGUUUUGUUGGCCCAGCAGCUCCUCCUGGAGGUCAAAGGAGUGCACUGUGCCCAAGGACCAGGACUCCUGACCUCCAGGGCUUAUGUCUAGGGCAGAGGACAGGUUCUGGCUUUGAGUAGGUUGUGGCCCCCAGUCUUUCCUCCCCCGGGGUACCAACCACCUUUAAGGGCCAUCUUUCUCUUCUGUUUUUCCAUCUGUUUUUCAGUCUUAAAACCAUUGUACAUAAUAUUCACAUAAUAUAUAUAUAUACAUAUAUGGAGAGAGAGAAAAAAAGAGUGUUAGUGACUGUGUUAUUUUUAUUUAUCAGAUCUUGGUGGCCUUUAUUCUUUCUUUCUAAUUUGUUGCUGUUGAGGAAACCUCAUACUGUUCCCUGUGGCAGUCUGGCCGAGAGGCUUCCGUGCCCAGCGUCUCUUAUUAGCUACGUGGUCCCUUGGUAGGUACUAGAAAGGAGGAUGGUUUCGGAGGAGAGACCGCCCCUCCCCCUCCUCCUUACAACCCUUGUUCUAAAGGUUACAGGGUUCAAGCAUACCUGAUUAUUAUUGCCGUUGUUGUUGUUGUUUUACUUUAGCUUUAUUUUAACCAAAGGUUAUCAGAGCCACUUGGGCUUGGACCUCAGCUGCUAAAAAGAUUUUCCGUUUCCAGGAGGGCGGGGAAUGGCCACCCCUGCAGGCCUGGCCGCCAGGGCUAGGGAGGCAUCGAAAGGUGCGGGCCGCCAGACAGAGUGGAAGCCAGCCCUGGGCUGCCCCUCCAGGUGGUGGGAGGGGACAAACCUAUCUUUAGAAUUAAGACAGUAAGGCAACAGUGUAUUUUGAGGGUAACUAAAGUGAUUGGUGUCCAGUGGUAUUAUUUUUGUUUCCCCCUUUGUAGACAUUUGUCACUGGGGACUAGGGGACUCUGAAUUUGUUCAAGGACCAUGGAAAUGGCAGGAGCCAGAGACAAAUAGUGGCUGGUUUUCAGUAGCUACUUUCUCCUGGGGAGCAAGGGCCUGGGGCAAGUGGGUGGGGCGGGGACAGCAAAGGUGUGGUGACCCGCCUCCUGGGCAGGGUCCUGCCCUGCUCCCCGCCAAGUUCCUUUCUGAGUUAGUUGCCAGAGGGCCUAGCUCGGUCCGCCCGAAAGACCCCGGCCACGAAAGACCCCGACGCUCGCUCGCAGAGGCAGCACCAGGUCCAGGGGGACACGCCGGUCCGUCCUUUGUAAAGCUGUAAAUACUUAAUUUUGGUUUUCUAUUUCUAAGCCCGGUGUCAUAUUGACAUUGGUAUUUUAGAUUGUUCUCAGAUGGGCUCUCCUGUGCUGCCCUCUCUCACCCUCCUAUUUUUGGGGGUUUUGUAAAAAGAGAGGGUUGGGGAGGGGCAGGGAGAGUAAUUCCUUGUGUUUCCCUGGUUGUGGAAUAUACACGCACGCACACACACACACACACACACACUCCUCUGAGACUCCGAACAGGGGACAAAAUUCUUGGCAAGUGAACACAUUUUGUUUCCUUGUGGCAAUAUGUCUUGAUGGACUGGUCUCUGAAGGGCCAGUCCAUCUCGGACUUAGCUCUGUGGGUGCGGUUCAUAUGAUUUAGGGAGAACCAAACCUCUUUGGCUUGGGAUGAGGGAGCGGGUGUGGGGUAGGGGAUAAUAUAAGGUGUAACUUAAGCUAAAUUUAAUCUAUUUAUAAAGCAAGAGACUCUCAUCUAUUUUUAUGAAAGGAAAGGUUUUUAAAUCUAGGGUAGGCAGUUGUGGUAGCCCAGCAUUUUCCUGUGGGCACAGUGCAUGUUGCUGCUGGACUGAAUAUAAUCGGUACCCCUGUCUCCCUGUCCUCACCUCCUACUCGUCCACACCCUUGAGCCGGCUUCAGCAGAAUGUAGGCCCCACCUCACCCCAUUUCCCUGUUCCCUGGUCCCCCAG